UUGGCUGGCAGCACUUGAGGAAUUCCUGAAUCCACCCUGUACUGUCUGGAUAAAAGGCUUAGACACUGGGAAUGUAGCUUGGACAUGUCUAAUUUUGCCAUGUAAGUUUAACCAUUUUUUAUGUUGUUUGGAGAGGAUGGGAAGAAAAUUAUCCAAAUGAUGUUGUGAAGAAUGUAAAGCAGCCUCCAAAAAUGUGUUUUGGAGCUAAAGUAGACCUUUAUCUUUACUCUCCGCCUCUUUAAGUCUGCCCUACAUCUGACUCCUUUGGAUCCUUUGCAGUUUGCACAGCGGUCUGUACUCUGCCCCGGAGUUUCUCUGGCGAUUCUCACCACCGCUGCUCACCACUCGCUGCGUAAAAGUCGCCGCAGUGCGCAUGGAAAUGUAGUUCGUUUGCGCACAAACAAACAAAAAAAAAUUAAAAUGGACUUAAAAUCCGAACUCCUCAAGUCCAUCUGGUACGCUUUCACAUCGCUGGACGUCGAGAAGUGUGGGAAAGUGUCCAAAUCGCAGUUAAAGGUGCUUUCCCACAACCUUUACACAGUGCUGAAUAUCCCACACGACCCUGUUGCUCUGGAAGAGCACUUCCAGGAUGAUGAUGACGGACCGGUGUCUAAUCAUGGCUACAUGCCCUACCUCAACAAAUAUAUACUGGAUAAGGUCAAAGAGGGGAUGUUUGACAAAGAGAAGUUUGACGACCUGUGCUGGAUGAUGACGAGGAAGAAGAACUUCAAGGGGGUACCACAAGACUCGCUGCUAUCUGAAAGAGACUGUUUCAAGCUCUUCUGUUUAUUCAACCUCCUGUCUGAGGACCGCUACCCGCUGGUGAUGAUACCAGAGGAGGUCGAGUAUCUCCUCAAGAAGAUCUCCACAGCGAUGAGCCAGGAGUGGGAUGGGAAGCCUUUGGAGGACUUAAUAACCCAGGAUGCCACAGGGCGGGAGGAGAACAUGUCUGUAUGGAGCUUCCUGGAGCACAUGGUUUCAGGCCGGCUGCUGAGGGUCACCAGCGCCGAGGCUUUCAGUCUGGCUUUGGAUGAGGUCUUUUUGGAGAUGUAUCACAACGUCCUGAAGAGGGGUUACAUGUGGAAAAAGGGGCACGUACGUAGGAACUGGACCGAGCGCUGGUUUGUCCUGAAGCCCUCCUUCAUAGCUUACUACAUCAGCGAGGACUUAAAAGACAAGAGAGGGGAGAUCCAGCUGGAUAAGAGCUGUGUCAUAGAGCCUAUUCCGGACCGGGAGGGGAAGCGCUGCUUGUUCUGUGUAAAAACACACAAUAAAACCUACGAGAUGAGCGCGUCAGACCAGAGACAGAAGGUGGAGUGGACUCAAGCUAUUCAAACAGCCCUCCGCCUCCAGAGUGAGGCCAAGUCGUCCCUUCACCAAGAACUCAAACUGAAGAGACGUUUCCAGCGCGAACACAGCCACCGCGAGCGCAGCCGGAGCGCCCACAGCAGCUGCGGCAGCUGCGGCAGCAGCCAAUCGGACGACUCCAGUCUCCAAGAGACGGAGAGGUCGGAGAAAGAGAAAGACAGACAGGAUCAAGAGAUAGAAAGCAUCAUACAGCAUGCACGUGAAUUAGAAACCAAGCGAAGAGAGGCGGAGGAAAGGGAGAGGAGGAAACAGAGGGAGGUGCAGAUGGAGCUGGAGAGACAGCUGAAAGAGGCCGAGACGCUGAGAGACAGCAUGAAGGCACAGAUGCAGGAGAAGGCGAGGGAGGCUGAGCAACAGAAGAAGAGGAUCCAGGAGUUGGAGCUGACACAGCACAAACUGGAGGCUGCUCUCAACAUGGAGAUCCAGGCUCGGCAAGAGGAGGAGAGGGCCAGACAGGAGCUGGAGAGGGUACUGCAGGACGAAGAAGAAAAGAAGAAGCAGUUCCAGCUGCUCCAGGAGCAGCAGAACCUCUGCAGCGAUACACAGGAGGCCUCAGAUGGCAGUACAGACGGUGACGCACCUUCAGCUCUUCACUCGGCCUCUCAGGAGCUCCAGGACCUGCAGGCGUCUCGCCAGAGGAGCCACCAGCGCCUGGAGGAGGUACAAGAGAAGCUGAGGAAUGCCAGUCAACACGUACGGCACUGGAACGUGCAGCUGAACCGCCUGAUGACACCCGUAACUCCUGGAGACCGUUUGGAGCAUCGUCUGUCAUCAAAACAGCUCUGUCCCAAAAAGGAAGGAGCGCUGGCCAGUAACGAGUUCAUCUCUAAAUAUAAGACAAGAGCCAAUCAGAUACGAGAGGACGACGAGGGACUGGAGGAGCAGAUGGAGGCCACCAACCUGUCGGACGGGUCGAAUGAAUCACAGGGAAAACCCAAUGGACAAAUGUGACGCUGAUGGUUAGAGAAUCAGGUUCAGAGAUGAUAAAAUAUUGUAUUUGUUCCAGACCAGAGAGGAAGGUGGAAGAAGAAAAGUAAUUUACAAUACAAAAAGGGCUGUAUUAUAUUUAUAUGUUGAAAUGAGACGGAGAGCGAGGAUGACGAGCACAAUGUGAUGCGGAAAUGAAAACAUGUUUGAUCAACAGAGAUUUACAGUUUUGUACAAUAAAGUUUAUUGGUGAAUAAUUAA